CUGAGCAGAAGAAAGUGAAAGUAAAUUCCUCUCUAGUCUCUUUCCUGCACUGGAAGCCAUGGCUGCUGCGAAUCCAGCAAAAACUCUCCAGGAUGAAGUGAUCUGUCACAUCUGUCUGGAGUAUUUUAAAGAUCCAGUGUCUCUAGACUGUGAUCACAGUUUCUGCCGAGCCUGCAUCACCCAGUGCUGGGGGGGAUUCCACACAGACAUCUCUUGCCCUCAGUGCAGAGAGAUCUUUCCCCAGAGGAACCUCAGGCUGAACAGGCAGCUCAGGAAUAUUGUGGAAGCAGCCAGAGAACUCAGGUUGCAACCAGAACCAGAGAGUCUGUGUGAGAAACACAGGGAGCCUCUAAAACUGUUCUGCAAAGAGGACGAAAUCCUCAUCUGCCUGGUGUGUGACAGAUCCAAGGAGCACAGAGUUCACACUGUCAUUCCUACAGAGGAAGCUGCUGAAGAAUUCCAGGAAAAGAUUCAGGCCCAUUUGCAGACUCUGAGGGAAGAGAGAGAGAAGCUGCUGCAAUGUAAAGUGAGUGGGGAGAAGAGAAGACGACAAUACCUGAUAGGUACACAAAUCCAGAGGCUGAAGAUUGUGUCUGAAUUUCAGCAACUGCAGGAGUUCCUGGAGGAACAAAAGCGACUCCUGCUGGCCCAGCUGGCAGAGCUGAACGAGGAGAUUGUAAAGAUACAGAAUGAAAAUAUCACUAAACUCUCCAAGGAGAUUUCCCGUCUCAGUGAGCUGAUCAGUGCGAUGGAGAUGAAGUGUCAGAAGCCAGCAAGUGAAUUUCUGCAGGAUGUCAGAAGCACCCUGAGCAGGUGUGAGGAAGGGAAGUUCCAGCAGCCAGUGGAGAUGUCUCCUAAACUGGAUAAGAAACAGCGUGAUUUCUCCCAGAAAACUGUUGCUCUAUUGGAGACUCUGAGGAAGUUCAAAGGUACCUUGCCAUCUGCACUGGAGACAAAAAGAGGGGAACCCGUAGGAGCACACAGACAGGCGAAUGUGACUCUGGAUCCAGACACGGCUCAUCCCAGCCUCAUCCUGUCUGAGGAUCGGAAAAGUGUGAGAUGGGGAGACACACGGCAGGAUCUGCCCGACAGGGCUGAGAGACAAAUCUCUCAGGGCUGUGUGCUGGGCUGUGAAGGAUUCACCUCGGGGAGACAUUGCUGGGAGGUGGAGGUGGGGGAUGCACUAUUCUGGGCUGUGGGGGUAGUCAGAGAGUCUGUGGGGAGGAAGGGAUGGAUCAGCUGUAGCUCUGGGGGUGGAAUCUGGGCUGUGCAGUGGUGCAGGGGUCGGUUCCAGGUUCUCACUUCUCUUGUGACCUCCCUGCCCCUGAGUCGCAUCCCCAGCAGGAUCUGGGUUUGUCUGGACUGUGACCAGGGGCAGGUGACAUUUAUCGAUGCUGGUGAUGAGGCCCCGAUCUUCAUUUUCCCACCGGGCUCCGUCCCUGGGGAGAGAAUCCGACCCUGGCUCUGGGUGGGGUGGGGAGCCCAGCUCAGACUGUGUCCCUGAGAUACAGGGGGGAGGGAGGGGGAAUAUCCC